AAGGAAAAAAACCGGAAGAUCAGUGUUGACGACAAAGAGGCAAGCCUGGAACACCGUGGGCCAGUUAUAGCACAGUGCCAUUCAGGAAGCGAUGUUGUUGUGACGGAAACUGUUGGAUUUGUGCAUUGAACGAGUGUUGUUUCCAUUUUGGAAAUUUCUGCAAAAAUGAAGCGUAACCAAAUGCCACGCCAGAAGUCGCUGGUUGGACCAGACAUUCAAAAUCCGUUUGUGCAUAAGAUGCAUUUCACUUUCCUGGACAAGUUGCAGGUGGUGCUGAUGUCCAUUACAAUCGCCCCUAUUCGCCUCAUAUUGGUUAUACUUCUCUUGUUGAUGGUUUGGCCUAUUGUGACCUUGGCCGUUGCUUUUCGUUCAGAAGAGGAUAAAACAAAACCUUUGUCAGGCUGGCGCACGUUUGCGGGCCGGCCUCUGGUGGUGGUGGGCCGCAUGAUGUUCUGGCUGAUGGGUUUCGUGUGGGUUCGAACCACGAAUGCCCGCGCCCCGGCCAGUGAGGCGCCUCUCCUGGUGGUGGCACACCACACCAGCUUCUUCGACAUCCUCCUCUUCUUUACGGAGUUCCCCCUGGCCAGCCCUGUAUCUCGUCUGGAGAACGCCGGCGUUCCUCUCAUCGGAACUCUGAUUGAGUUCUCCCAGCCCGUCCUGGUCAAGAGGGAGGACCCCAACUCGCGGGUCAACACCAUCAAGGAGAUCCAGCGCCGAGGUCAGUCUGGCGGUCAGUGGCCACAGAUCAUCAUCUUCCCAGAGGGAACCUGCACCAACCGCACCUGCCUCAUCUCCUUCAAACAAGGUGCCUUCUACCCUGGAGUACCGGUACAGCCAGUGUGUGUCAAAUAUCCCAACAGACUGGACACCAUCACCUGGACAUGGGAGGGACCUGGAGCGUUUACUCAGCUUUGGCUGACCCUGUGCCAGUUCUACACCCGCAUUGAGAUUGAGUAUCUUCCUGUGUACACCCCUAGUGAAGAGGAAAAGGCUGACCCCAAAUUGUUUGCGAAUAACGUGAGAACUUUGAUGGCAGAAUCCCUGAAGUGCCCAGUGACAGACCACACCUACGACGACUGCCGCCUCAUGACAACAGCUCAGAAGCUCAAGCUGCCAGCGCACGCCGGUCUGGUGGAGUUUGAGAAACUUCACUCCAAACUAGGCGUAAACUUUGACAAGAUGCAAGACUUGCUGGUCAAGUUCAAGGACAUCAAAGGCGCGGUGUGGCGGAAAGGGAGCGCAAACAUUACCUUUGAGGAGUUCAGCCGGUAUCUGCUGCUACCCAAAUCUGACGCCCUUCAGCAAGUGUUUGAUCUGUACGACAGGGACGGGUCUGGAACCAUCGACUUCCGCGAGUACGUCAUUGGAUUGUCUCUCAUCUCUGAGCCGGCCAACAAUGACGAAACCAUCCAACUGGCAUUUCAGCUGUUUGACACAGAGAACAAAGGGCACAUCACUCCGGAGGAGCUGCAGCACAUUCUGACGGGAGCCUUCAACAUCUCCGACACAGAUGCCGAGCGAUUAUUUGAGGAAGUCGACGUCACGGGGGAUGGAAAGAUCACCAUAGAUGAGUUCAAAACGUACGCGGAGAAGAAGCCCGAGUACGCCAAGGUGUUCAUCACGUACCAGGAGCUGAAGCAACAACAGGAGCAGCAACCGCUGGGGAGGAAGGAGUGUUUCAGCAGUGACCACAGCGGAGAGUUUGACCAGUGGAGCAUGCAGGUGGAGCAGCUGAGCUCCAAGAAGCUCCAGUGACCUCCUCACUUGUGUUGCUUUUGGCUUUGGGAAGCUCGGAGUUAGCCACGUUCCACCAGAGGAGAAAAUCCAGUGAGGGGUUGUGAAGAAAGGAGAGUGGGAGGUGACCGGUGGUCAAGCUGUUCUGUAUAGGCCGGACUGGCUGGCACUUGCUCAAUCACAUCGGGGGACACUUUGUGGUGGUUGUUGGUUCAUGGACGAGACGUUUCCGGAUCACACACACACACACACACACACACACACAUUCAUGCACUGUAACACACACACACAUGCUCGCGUGCUCACACUUGCUCGCACAAAAUUGUCUGAAAUGGUAACUUAUUGUCAAGGAGAAAGUGGUUGUUCUAGAUAGGUGGUCCUCUUGGCCAGUGUCAUUAUAACAUAGAAAAAAACUCAAAGAAAGAAGCUGGAAGUGGUCAUUUGUACAGGUGAUUGUCUUGAACAGGUGGCUGUUAGAGAGCACGUUUGAUUGUACUAUAUUCAUAUAUUUGCUUUAGUUUGGGGUUUACAAACACCAGCAAAAGCAGCAAUGACAAGUGAAAGAUUUCUCUCAUGUGUUCCCCGGCCAUAAUUCUCCACCGCCAGAUGGCGUGUCAUUGCGAGCAAUAUGAGUAUGCUGCCAAGGGGUGGGUGGGGGGUUGGUGAAGCGGGGAAGGGUGGUUUGGUGAAAAGAGGGGGGGGGGGGGGGUGAUGAGAAAAUCUCUUUUUAUCUGUGCAUGUUUUGAACAGUUGAAAGCAAUAUCAACUUCAUGAUGAAAGUUAUUAUGAGAGUUAUGAUGAAUACAUAAUGUUAUUGCUCUUUUCAUAUAUAUAUGCUUGUGAUGUAUGUGGUUGUUAUGAUGAGUUAAUAUUUGUUCUUUUCCUACCGACUGUUCAAUGUAAGAGUCUGUCAUACGUCACUUUUCAAGAUGGCCUAUGGCAGAGUCUCACAAUUAAAAGUCGAUAUGCUUGUGAUGUAUGUAUUUGUGAAAGUGGGUGAGUUGGCUGGUAAGGGCGUGUGUUGGGAUGGUGCUCAAAGAAAAUUGAAAACACACGGUUUGCUUUGUCUGUAGUAGUUUGUGGUGCGAUGGGUGGAGUGGUGCUAGAUACUGGGUGCUGAGAGGCGAGAUGUGCUGUAUAGAUGAUGGAGUGUGUUUGUGUGUGUGUGUGUGUGUGUUUGCACUAUGUAGCUAAUUAUGUGUGUGUUUAUGUAUGUGUGUGUUUAUGAAUGUGUAAAUUGAGCUGUGUUCGGUUUUCACUGAAAUGUCUGCCACUUUUGUGAUUCUAAAUAUCCUUGCAGAAUCUCCAAACAAUUCCUACCUACCAAUUUUAUGUUGCCAUGGCAACGUGGUUUCAAAUAUCCAUGUGGAAUCUCCAAGCCUCAGCAAUACAGACCACGUUUAUGUUGCCAUGGCAACGUGGUAUCAAAUAUCCUUGUGGAAUCUCCAAACAAUUCCUACCUCCCACUUUUGUGUUGCCAUGGCAACUUGCUGUCAAAUCCUUGUGGAAUCUCCCAAUAAUCUUCACCCUGUAAGCAGAUUCACAAACUUUUAAACGGAUGAACUUGAAUAUAGUUGAUGUUGCAUAUACUCACACACACACACACACGCACAGAGACAUGCACAUCAUGGAUGAGGUAUGUGUGGAGGAAAGAGAGCCAAGAUGUGUCAGGGAAAUUUCCCUUGUGGUGACUCAUGAGAUAGCAGCGCAACUGUCCUAACUCAGGUUUUCCUAAUUUUACAAGAGGAACAAAACUAAUUUUUCACCAAGAUGUCCAUUAACAAUAUCUGGAAUUCACAAUUUAAUGCUAGUGUAUUUUUCACAAAAUAAUGGCAUGACUUUGAGAUUUAUACUAUACAGGGCAUGCGCCCAUUCCCAGUGUCUUGGGAAUAUGUAUCCAAAAUUGAUUUUCGGCAAAAUUGCGAGUUACGACACUUGAGUCACUGCCAAGCUCAUUGUCUGCUCUAUGUGCGAGUACUUAACUGGUCACCUGCACAUACCUCCUAUUUUUGCCACCAAUGAUUUUGUGAGAGGUAUUGCCACAUGCUUUAACUUUGGUACAUGCUACGUAUUUAUCCAAGUGUUUUCCAUGUCUCGAAUAAUCUGCUUGUUUACUUGGACUAUUGUUUUUUCUUAAAAGCUGCAUGUGUUCUUCAUGUAUAUCUAUUGUUUUGUUCUUGUUUGUAUUUUUGUGUAACAGACAUAUAUAUCACUUUAAGAUGAAAUGAGUUGAGACUCAAAAAGAUGCGAUGAGAUAAAUGCACCAUGUCCGUAAAGUAUUUCUAUUUUUAGGUCAAGGUACUGAGUGUGUUAAGGAGAAGUGUGUUGGACAGUGUGUCAUAUUGGCGUGUUCUGUUGGUGUGUCCUGUCAGAUGUCAUAUCGGUGUGUCAUGAGAGUGUGUCAUGUUGGUGUGUCAUGUCAGUGUGUUGGUUGUGACCUCCUAGUGCCUCAAAGCUUUGCCCUGUUCCUUCUCUAUGCAUCCUCAGCACACUGACGGACACACUGACUGACACACUGACCUUGACAUUUGAAUAGAGUUACUCAGUUACUGGCUUCAGGUUAUGUGAGAGAUGGAGGAGAGAGAGAGACAAAA